AUGGAAGAAAUAUCGCAAUUGCAUCCGCAGCGAAGGAAACUCUUCUUCCCUGCAAAUGGAGAACGGUAUAUGAAGAAGCUUACAAUGCAUACAAGAAAUGUGUUAUUCCGUUUCUUAAAAGAAAAGGAAGGAUAUACGCCAAAAAAAUCACUGAUUCUAACGGAUGAAAAUGUGGAUUCCUUUUUAUUAAGCGCUCAGGAUGAACACCAUUUGCUAAAUAAGGUAAUUCUUAUCUUUGGAGUGGCGGGUGCCUGUAGACGUCAGGAAUUGGUUUUUUUGCAGACGACAAAUGUUGAAGAUCAGGAAAAACAUUUUCUAGUCAAGAUCAUCGAUACUAAAACCAAAAAAGAUAGAUCUUUUGUCAUAUUACCAGGAAAACACAAUUUACUGCACAUAAUUAGAAAAUACAUAGCCAUUCGUCCUAAAGUAACGUCACACAACGGAUUUUUUAUCAAUUAUCGGAAUGGAAAGUGCACGGUUCAACCCGUAGGGGUUCACAAAGUUGGUGGUGUUCCCAGUGUGGUGGCCAAAUUCUUGAAUUUAACAAAUGCUUCUUCCUACACGGGCCAUUCUUUUCGAAGAACUUCUGCAAGUCUUCUGGCAAAUGCAGGUGGAAGUAUGACUGACAUCAUGCGCCAUGGAGGAUGGCGCUCGGUUAGUGUCGCGGAAGGCUACGUCGAAGAGUCGGAAAUGACAAAAGUCAACGUUGCGACGAAAAUCCUAGAUGGAGCGAGUCCUUCAUCUCAUCAUAAAGAAGUCGAAGAAAGACAUCAAAUGAGUGGACAACUCUUUAUAAAGAACAAUGUGGAUUGCGUGAUUAAUAUUAACAAUUACUACUCGAAUAAGCACUCCCCGAAGUAG